GAAAAAGUGGAGGGUGAAAACAAGAAGAUUGUUGCUUCAUCCUCAAAAGUCACAAAAAGGUACAUUAUUUAUAUUAAGUAAAUGUUCAAAAAUAAUAAUGAACAUUUUCAUAUACCUAAAUGUACAUUUGUGUUAUGUAAUAUGACCAGGAAUGAUGAUAAGAAAAAGUCAAUUGCAGAAAAGAAGAAAAAAACUGAAAAGGAAAAGGUUGAAAGGUAUAAUUUCAAAUUUAUUUAUAUACACUCAAAUGUUCAUUUAUGUUCCUCAUAAUUUUCUUAAUUUAACAAUAUUUUAUAUUGAACAACAAGACCAAAACGCGAAAAGCAAACAAUUCCUCCUGCUUUCCGAUCUCCUUACUUGGUGAAGUACAAGGAUCUGUUUAAAGAUGAGAAAGCCAUGAACCAAAUUGCAGUAGACUUUGCUCUUGGUGGAAAAGAUGAAAGUGCACUCUUAUACUAUGAUGGCUUGAAUCUCAUCAAUAGAAAUGAAAUGAAAACUCUUGGAGAUGAUGUUGAAGUGACAAAUUGUGUCAUAGAUGGAUGGGCAAGGUUUCUUAAUCAUAAAAAGCCGAGAAACAAGAUUUAUUUCUCAACAGUGCUUCAUGUUAGUCUUUCUUCUUUUUUUAUAUUAUUGAUUCUAUUUUCCUAUGAUAAAUAAUUGCUAAAAAUUCAUUUAACUUCUAUAUGUUUGUUUCUAUUUCAACAUCACAUUAUGUGCACAAAUAGAGUUUGUCGAGAAGGAUCAUCAAUGAAGACAAGAAUUAAUGCCUUCAUAGAAAGAAUUGACAAUGAACUGAAGUUGAAUAAAAUUGACAGCAUUGUUGGAUAUAAACAGGUCUUCUUCCCAGUAUCAACUUCUCAACAUUUUUUUCUGUUGUGCGUCAAUCAUAUAGAAGACAAAAUUCAUAUAAUUGACAAUAGAAAACUACCAAAAAAGGUAUCAGUCCAAGCAAAAUAUGAAGAACAACCAAAAAUGAUGUUAAAAGGAUUGGCAGAGUACAUGAAACACCUUGGAUAUCAAGAUGCAAAAAGAAUUGAAGACUACACAGUUGUUUUGGAAAAGAUGAAAUGGCGUAGCAACAAUGACUAUACAAACUGUGGAGUUUACAUUAUGAAGCAUAUGGAAACCUUCACUGCUGAUCCUAAUGAGAGCUGGAUUUGUGAUUUAAAACCAAACAAUGUGGAACAAAUUAGAAAUCUAAGGCUCCAAUACACAGCAGAACUGAUGUUAUUUGAAGAAAACACUGAAUCAAGAGCAAAUAGAAGGAAAGCUAGAAAAUUUGCAACUUUGUAGUUUCAAAUGUUCAUUUACAACUAUGUAUAUGUUCAUUUCUUAUAUAUGACUAUUUUUUUUUUUAAGAAAUAG